AUGGACUCAGUUCAGACACAAACUCCGGCUUACGGACAGCGAUUGCUGCCAACCUUGGUUGACGAAGAGGCCAUCAACAAUCCUGAUCGUAUGAUCUAUUCAUUUGCGAAAACCAUAAAAGCAGCAGACGGUUUCAUUGGCGUCUCGAACAAGCGCCUGGCGAAUGCGAUCAACAGAGCCGCCUGGUGGAUUGAGAAAUUGCUUGGAAAGGGCAAGAACUUCCAAUCUAUAGGAUAUAUUGGCCCAGGGGAUCUGAGAUAUCAAAUUCUUAUCUUGGCACUUGUCAAAGCUGGUUACAAGAUACUCCUCACUUCUCCUCGGAACAGCAUCGAGGGACACCUCAAUGUCAUAAAACAAGCCGAAUGUAACAUCUGGUUACUACCUAGUCAAAAUGCUGGCAAUAUCAGUGAAGUUCUCAAGGUCCACCCAAUGACAGUCCUCGAUUGUCCAGAACUUGAUUUCUUCAUCGACGAAACUCCUGUUCCACACUAUGCCUACAACAAAACUUGGGCAGAGGCCUCUACCGAACCUGUCCUUGUCUUGCACACAUCCGGAUCAACAGGUCUUCCCAAAGCUAUUGUUAUACGACACGCUUGGGGUGCCGUAAUGGACACACAUCAUUUAUUAAAGUGUGAAGACGGAGAACAACUUAAUUCGAAUUUAUGGGCAGGAUCUAGAGUCUUUUCAAGCUUUCCUGCUUUCCAUGCUGGUGGUGUUUUACAAAGCCUCUUCAGCGCAAUAUAUAAUGGACUCGACUUUGUAUUGGCAUCACCAUCAGUUCCCGUAACUUCCGAUUUAGUGGAUGAUAUGGUGGAACAUGCCAAUAUUAAUGCCUUGAUCAUUGCUCCAUCCACAGUUGAGGAAAUCGCCUUAUCCCCCUCGAGUUUGGAGUUGUUGCAGAAGAAAAACAUCAAGUUCAUCUGCUUUGGUGGCGGGCCAGUUGGGCAAAAGGCUGGAGAUAUUCUUACUAAGAUUACGAUUCUUCAGAAUAUGAUUGGAAUGACCGAAGCUGCCGGUUUCGCACACAUCUGGACAGGAAGAGAUGAUUGGCGAUACUUCAAAUUCCAUUCAAGCAACGGUCUCAAAUUUGUCGAGAGGUCAAAUAACCUUUAUGAGAUGUUUGUGGAGCGAGACCCAAAGUUGCAAAAGUUUCAAGGAAUGUUUCAUACCUUCCCCGAGCUCAAUGAGAUUUCUACCAAAGAUUUGUAUCAAAAGCACCCUACGAAACCAGAUUUAUGGCUCUACUGCGGCAGGGCAGAUGAUAUUAUUGUCUUUUCCAACGGCGAGAAGCUUAACCCAGUCACGAUGGAGCAGACCAUCAAUGAACAACCCGAUGUGCGCUCAGCAAUCAUUAUUGGGCAAGCUCGCUUUCAGCCUGCGGUCAUCAUUGAGUUGAUGAGACCGGAAGAAGUGACUGAAGAAAACAAAAAGGAUUUGGUUGCUCGUAUCCAACCUUUCAUUGACGCCGCAAACAAAGCCUCGCCAACCCAUGGUCAGAUCAAGAAUGGCUUUGUGACCUUCGCCAAACCCGAAAAGCCGUUCUUCCGCGCUUCAAAGGGGACUGUUCAACGUGCAGAAACGAUCAAGCUUUAUGAAUUGGAAAUCGAAGAACUCUUCGCCAAUACAGAGGAUGGUGAUGAUAGUGGCCUCGAAACUGGUUCUUUGGCAUCAUUGACUUCCACAUUGAAGGAUCUGGUGGCUAAGAUCGCUGAUGUGAAGGAAGUAAGUGUCGAUGAGGAUGUCUUCGCAACCGGAUCAUUUAAUUCUUUGCUUGUGUUCACUCUCUUGCGAAAAGUGAGAUCGGCUUUAAAGAAGGACGGGGUCGAGAGCCAGAAAUUGCAAGCCAGUGUGAUCUACAACAACCCAACUGUAACAUCUCUUGCAUCGGUUCUGUACAAACUUGCUCACCCAUCGGAGAACCAAGAGGAUGGUUUAAAGACAGAUUUCGAUGAGAGGCAGCAAAUGUUUGACAAAUACGCUAAGAAUCUGCCAACCAAGAUCUUCGGAAGUGCCUCUAAGGUUUCGACACCAGAGAUCUCAGUCAUCCUGACCGGAAGUACUGGUUCGAUGGGCAGUUACAUGCUCGACGACUUGGUUGCAUUACCCCACAUCUCGAGGAUAUACGCUCUCAAUCGAGCUGCCAAUGGCGCAGAAAGACAAAGAGGAGCGAGCGAUAGCCACGGUCUCGAGACUGAUUUCAGUAAGGUCCGAUUUUUCAAGACAGACAUGCAGCAACCCCGCUUUGGCCUCGAUCAGGAGAAGUACGACGAGUUGUUGAGCAAUGCUACUCAUAUUAUCCAUAACCAAUGGCAAGUUGACUUUAACUUGAGUCUGGCUUCCUUUGAACCUCAUAUCCGAGGUGUCCGCAAUCUCAUCGACUUUGCUGCUGAAAGCAAACACAAUGCUAUCUUAUCUUUCAUUUCUUCUAUUGGUAUUGCUCAGGGAAAGAACUGGGAGAAACCAAUUCCGGAAGCUAUCAUCGAUGAUUGGAAUGCCGCGGCUUUGGGUUACGGUGGCUCCAAGCUUGUCUCUGAAGUCCUUUUGGCGGAAGCCCAAAAGGCUGGUGGUGUUCGUACUCAGGUACUACGUGUUGGUCAAGUAUCUGGUCCAAUCAAGAACGAGAAGGGUAGAUGGAAUGUUCAGGAAUGGAUCCCAACCGUUGUCUCUACAUCGCAAUACAUGAAAUGUGUACCAAAGAACUUAGCAUUCAAGAACCGCAUUGAUUGGGUUCCCGUCAACGUCCUCUCCAACGUUAUCCUCGACCUUGCCGAUCUCACCAACCCCUCCAAGACUUCCACAGAGUACCCAUCAACCCCCUUCUUCCACCUUGUCAACCCCACCUGUAGUACAUGGUCCGACAUUUAUCCCGUCCUCACCAAGAACAUCGGCCCCGAAUGUGAACUUGUUGAAUGGUCCGAAUGGGUAGCUCGACUUCAAGCUUCGGCUGAGCGUGGAGAAAUCAAUGAGAAUCGUGGAAUUAGAUUAUUGGAAUUCUAUGAAGGGAUGGAGAAGGGAUCCUCAUUAGCGACUUUGGAGACCGAGAAGACGGUGAAGAAGAGUGAGACUCUGGUGGGCAAGGGCAACUGCAUGCGCGGCACUAGUUCCUUAUCUUUUGAGGGAAGAUUCUGUGUCAGUUUCGUUGAUUUGCUUCUCUUACUGCUUGGCAUGGCUUUCUUGAAGGAUCUUUACUUGCUCGUGUUUUUCACGAUUUGGUGUGUCGUCGAAGGCCAAAAUUCUACCACUAACUCGUCUACGUAUGAUGUACUCGAUUAUGUUGAUCAAUUAAUUGGGAGUAGUAAUGGAGGAAAUGUGUUUCCUGGUGCAACACUCCCUUUCGGAAUGGCGAAAGCUGUAGCCGACACAAAUUCUGGUAGUAAUCAGGGUGGCUUCACUACCGAUGGAAGUAAUGUUACCGGAUUUUCCAGCAUGCAUGAUUCUGGAACCGGUGGCUCUCCAUCGUUAGGAAAUUUUGCCUUGUUUCCUUAUGCAGGAUGCAAAGGAGAUAUUGUAGAUGGAUGUAUCUAUCCAAAGAAAUCAAGGGCAACUCCUUUCAUACCGAAUUCGGUUAAGGCAUCUCCAGGAUAUUUCAGUCUCACACUAUCGAGUGGUGUUGCUGUGGAUAUGACGACAACCCAGCAUACAUCACUGUUCAGAUUUAAAUUUCCUUCUACUUCAAAUGGAAACUCUUCCAGUCCAUUGAUCUUGAUGGACUUGACAGAUUUGUCGGAUUCUCGUCAAGACAAUGCAAGCAUUUCUGUUGAUGCGACUACUGGGAGAAUGACCGGGAAUGGUAAAUUCUUGCCAAGUUUUGGUAGUGGAAGUUACAUUCUUUACUUCUGUGCAGAUUUUUCGGGUGCUCCACUUCGAGAUAAUGGUAUUUUUGCCAACAGUCGCGCCAGUGCUGAUGUCAAAGAUCUCAAAAUCUCUCGUUCGAUCAAUGGUUACCCUCUUCCAGGAGGGGCAUUUGUUCGGUUCCAAUCACCUGGUGUUGGAGUACUAGCGCGUGUUGGUGUCAGCUAUAUUAGUAGCGAUCAAGCAUGUGCCAGUGCCGAAGCAGAGAUUCCAGACUUUGACUUUACCGCUGUGCAGAAUGCGGCAAAAAGUACUUGGCGUCAAAAGAUUUCACCAAUCAAAGUUUCAACGAAAGGAGUUGACUCUUCUAUCUUGAGAAACUUUUAUAGUGGGAUAUAUAGAACUAUGGUCAAUCCCCAAGACUAUACCGGCGAGAACCCACUUUGGAAGAGUGAUGAACCUUACUUUGACUCCUUCUACUGCAUUUGGGAUCUAUUCCGUUCACAGACACCCUUCUUGACGGUGUUAGAUCCUGCUACUGUAGCAAGGAUGGUUCGCUCACUAAUUGAUACAUAUGUUCACGAAGGAUGGCUUCCUGACUGCCGUAUGAGUCUUUGCAAAGGAUUUACUCAAGGUGGUUCAAAUGCAGAUAAUAUACUCGCAGAUGUUUACAUCAAGGGCAUUACCGAUGGCAUAGAUUGGGAUCUUGGCUAUGAAGCCGUAGUUAAAGAUGCAGAAGUCGAACCUUACGAUUGGUCAAACGAGGGUCGUGGUGGCCUAGACUCUUGGAAAGCCCUCGGCUAUAUUCCUGUUCAAGAUUUUGACUACAAAGGGUUCGGUACCAUGACUCGAAGUGUGUCCAGAACACUAGAGUAUAGUUACAAUGACUUUGUAAUCGCGAGCAUAGGGUCCGGUCUAGGAGGCCACGAAUCAGAUGUACAGAAGUAUCUCGACCGCAGCGAAAACUGGCAAAAUCUAUACAACGCUGCACAGACAUCGUAUCUCUCAAACGGCACGAAUACAGGUUUCAAGGGAUUCUUCCAGCCGAAAUAUCUCAAUCAAACUUGGGGACUUCAAGAUCCUUUAAAGUGUAGUAAUAUAGACUUCAACCCCAAUAGCGUCUGCUCGUUACAGAACUCAGGUUCUGAGACCUUCGAAAGUAGUAUCUGGGAAUAUUCUUUCUUCGUACCCCACGACCAAGCAACCCUCAUCACCAUAUUCGGAGGACCCGCAGCUUUCGUCAAACGUCUCGACUACCUCCACGAUAAUAAUAUAACCUACAUCGGCAACGAACCCGCUUUCCUCACCGUAUACCAAUAUCAUUAUGCCGGUCGUCCCGCUCUCUCAGCUCUACGUUCCCACUUCUAUAUACCAUCGUAUUUCGCACCAACGAACGACGGUUUGCCCGGUAACGAUGAUUCGGGCGCUAUGGGUUCCUUCCUCGCUUUCAGCAUGAUAGGACUCUUCCCCAACCCAGGUCAAGACGUAUACCUCAUCAUCCCCCCCUACUUCGAAUCCGUAUCCAUCACCUCCCCUCUCACGAACAAAACCGCCAUUAUCAGAAACGUAAAUUUCGACCCUGCGUAUAAAAACAUAUACAUACAAUCUGCAACAUUAAACGGUAAACCGUAUACGAAAAAUUGGAUCGAUCAUAGUUUUUUUACGGAGGGAAAGGAAUUGGUGCUGGUGCUUGGAAAGAGGGAAAGUAGCUGGGGAACUCAAGUUAGUGAUCUACCACCGAGUUUGGGGGAAUAUGAUAGUGGAGGAUAUAAGAACGGGAUGGGAAAUAAUACGGCGAGUGGUCAGCCGGUUGCGAGGGCGGAGACUCAGAGGAGGGCGCUGGUCUUUGAUGCUAGUGAGGGAGUAGUGGGGGUUAGCGGGAGUGGCAAUCAUGGUGGGUCGGGAGUUAAGACGGGGGCCAAUUAUUGGGCUGAGGCGGGUGGAUGA